AUGCCCCCGCCAGAUGCUGAUCUCCACCCCGAAGCGUCAGGGACAGCCAAAGCCCUGGUUGAGAAACACAGCGCGGAGCAACCAUUGAAGCUAUAUGCGGGAUGGUUCUGUCCAUUUGUCCAACGCGCCUGGCUCGCCCUCGAGGAGAAGCAAAUCCCUUAUCAAUACAUUGAAGUCAACCCAUACCACAAACCACAGUCCCUCCUCUCGUUGAAUCCGCGUGGUCUCGUACCGACACUCUCUGUUCCCCAUAAUGGCGCAUCAAAGCCGCUUUACGAGUCUCCUGUCAUUCUCGAAUACCUUGAAGAAGCGUAUCCAGAGCACAACCCGCGUCUCCUCCCCGAGGGUCCGUACGAAAGGGCUCGCGUGCGGAUUUGGGUUGACUAUGUGACUUCACGAAUCAUCCCAGCAUUCCACCGCUUUCUCCAGUUCCAGGAGGGUCAGAGCACAAGCAGCAUAGACACCCUGCGCAGCGAAUUCCUAAACCACAUUAAAGAAUGGACAAAAGAGGCCCAUCCUGACGGCCCAUUCUUCCUAGGAAAAGACAUCAGUGUCCCUGAUCUAGUUUUAGCACCAUGGGCAAUUCGGCUGUGGAUCUUCGACGAGUUCAAGGACGGAGGAUUAGGUCUCCCCGCUGAAGGACAAGGGGGUGAGGAUGAGGGUGUUUGGAGUCGGUGGAGGAAGUGGUUGGCGGCUGUUGAGGCAAGACCCAGUAUUCAGCAGACGACGAGUGAGAAAGAGUUUUAUAUUCCAAUUUAUAAGCGGUAUGCGGAUAAUACGGCGGAGAGUGAGUUGGCUAAGGCUACUAGGGCUGGGAGGGGGGUUCCGUGA